AUUGCCCAUCUAAGGGGCUCAUGGUUUUAGAAUUGAGAAUUUUGCUUCCCUCUUCUCCUGCUAGCCUUGGAGGGCAAGCUGACCUUGCUUCUGGGAGCAAAAUCUGGAGGUGGGCUCACAGCCUCAGAGCCUGGACUCAGGAAUAGGCAGGAGGAAGGAAAAAAUGGUCCGUCAAUGAUCCCCAAGAGUAAGAGCAAAAGAUCUUUGGGGGUUGGGGUAUUUAGGUGAGAGGUCUCCGGAAAGGGGCAUCCAAGGAGAAGGGAGACCAAGCAGAGCCAAUCCCUCAGACUAGGUGGCCAGUCUUUUCUAGGAGAAAAGGGGUCCUGGGAAGUGUGUCUUAGAAGGGACUGGAUGGGAGCGUGAGGGGUAGUAUUUCUUAUUUCCUUAAAACCAAGCAUCCCUUAUUUCCCAUCUACCAAAUGAACAUCCACAGGCAGUUCAAUCUGUCCCCUGUCUAUUCAUCCAUCUGUCUGUCCAUCUAUCCACCUAUCCAGCUUUCCAUCCAGUCAUUAGUCCAUCCAUCAAUCUGUCCAUCCUUUGAUCUGUCCACUCUAACCAUCCGUCUACCCUUCUGUCUAUCCACCUGUCCAUCCACCCAUCCAUUGUCCAUCUAUCCAGAAAGGUCAAGCCCCAAUUGGUCUCCCCAGGGCUGCUGGGAAGGGCCUGUGGUCCUGUGGCAUUUAUGGGGCAUGUGACCUGCCUGCCAGGCCUGGGGAGGCAGCCCCGCCCCAGCCCUCAGGCAGGGGGCUGGUCCAGGCAUGUGGGAGUAUUUAUACCUCGAUGGAGGCUGCUGGCUUGUCGCUGGGCUCAAUGACUCCCCGAAGCCGUGAUGGUGGCCAUGGCCCAGAGCCCACUGACCGGGUGAUGGUGUCGCUACUCCCGCCACAGUCUGACGCCACGCUGCCCGGCCCCGCCAGACUGGAGGGCGAGCCCCAGGGGGACCUCAUGCAGGCGCCGGGCCUUCCAGGCUCUCCUGCCCCACAGAACAAGCUUGCCGGCUUCAGCUGCUCAUCAUUUGUACCCGACGGCCCCCCAGAGAGGGCAUCCUCACUGCCCCCACAGAGUCCCAGUGUCGCGUCACCUGGCCCUGAGCAAGUCCACUGCCCAGCCGGCCCUGGCCCGGGCCCCUUCCGGCUCUCACCCUCAGACAAGUUCCCCAGCUUCGGCUUUGAGGAGGGCCCAGCAAGCAGCCCUGGGCGCUUCCUCAAGGGCGGCCAUGGGCCUUUCCACCCAUACAAGCGGCAUUUCCAUGAAGACGUCUUCCCUGAGGCCCAGACCGCCCUGGCCCUCGAUGGACACUCCUUUAAGACCCCGGGGGCACUGGAGACCUUCGAGGAGAUCCCCGUGGAUGUGGGGGAGGCUGAGGCCUUCCUGCCUGGCUUCUCGGCAGAGGCCUGGUGCAAUGGACUCCCCUACCCCAGCCAGGAGCACAGCCCCCAAGUCCUGCAGGGAUCAGAAGUCAAGGUCAAGCCCUCAGCUUUGGAGACUGGUCCUGGGAUGUACUGUUACCAGCCCCCCUUGCAGCACAUGUACUGUCCCUCCCAGCCCCCCUUCCACCAGUACUCACCAGGUGGCGGCAGCUACCCCAUACCAUACCUGGGCUCCUCACACUAUCCUUACCAGCGGAUCGCACCCCAGGCCAGCACCGACGGGCACCAGCCUCUCUUCCCAAAACCCAUCUACUCCUACAGCAUCCUCAUCUUCAUGGCCCUUAAGAACAGUAAAACUGGGAGCCUUCCUGUCAGCGAGAUCUACAAUUUCAUGACGGAGCACUUUCCUUACUUCAAGACGGCGCCCGACGGCUGGAAGAAUUCUGUUCGCCACAACCUGUCUCUCAACAAGUGCUUUGAGAAGGUGGAGAACAAAUCAGGAAGUUCCUCUCGCAAGGGCUGUCUGUGGGCCCUCAAUCCGGCCAAAAUCGACAAGAUGCAGGAAGAGCUACAGAAGUGGAAGAGGAAAGACCCUAUUGCUGUCCGCAAGAGCAUGGCCAAGCCAGAAGAGCUGGACAGCCUCAUUGGAGAGAAGAGGGAGAAGCUGGGCCCCCCACUGCUGGGCUGCCCAGCCCCCGGGCUGGCAGGCUCAGGCCCCAUCCGGCCCCUGGCACCUCCAGUUGGGCUCUCCCAGCCACUGCAUUCAAUCCACCCAGCCCCAGGCCCCAUUCCUGGCAAGAACCCCCUGCAGGACCUACUUGGAGGACACGUGCCCUCCUGCUACGGGCAGACAUAUUCACACCUCUCACCCGGCCUGGCCCCUCCUGGACCUCCGCAGCCAUUGUUCCCACAGCCAGAUGGGCACCUUGAGCUGCGGGCCCAGCCAGGCACCCCCCAGGACUCGCCUCUGCCUGCCAACACCCCGCCCAGUCACAGCGCCAAGCUGCUGGCUGAGCCUUCCCCGGCCAGGACCAUGCAUGACACCCUGCUGCCAGACGGAGACCUUGGCACUGACCUGGAUGCCAUCAACCCCUCUCUCACCGACUUUGACUUCCAGGGAAACCUGUGGGAACAGCUGAAGGAUGACAGCUUGGCCCUUGAUCCCUUGGUACUGGUGACCUCGUCCCCGACAUCAUCUUCAAUGCCACCACCUCCGCCACCACCCCAUUGCUUCCCACCUGGGCCCUGUCUGGCAGAGACAGGCAGUGGGAGUGGCGACGUGGCACCAUCAGGCAGUGGAGGCUCCGGGGCUUUGGGUGACCUGCACCUCACCACCCUCUACUCGGCCUUCAUGGAGCUGGAGCCCACACCCCCCACGGCCCCCGCUGGCCCCUCUGUGUACCUCAGCCCCAGCUCCAAGCCCAUGGCCCUCGCGUGAGCCACACCCAGAAGCCUUUAUGUGGCCUGGAAGUCCCAGCUGGCCGCCCACGUCGGGCUCACCUUAAAGGUCAAGGAAGGAAAACCAUCCCUGCCCCCUGUGCCACUAAGCCAACUGUUUGUUAGCUGGCAGCCGGGGGAUGAAGAAGACACCACCCACGAUGCUGCCCCUCACACAUUUCCGCCAGCUGAGCGAGCCAGCUCCUCACUCAGGGUCCCUGAAGACCCAGUGUCUGGGAAAAAAAAAAACCAAAAACACUCUCCUUAGCUCACACUCAUCCCCACUUAAGCGCUUCUGCGUUAAUGUGUACAUGCAUAUGCACCACACACACACACACACACACACACACACACAGUCUUUCAGACAUACACCCACCCACAUACCUUCUACCCAGAGGAAUCAGAAUUACACCACUGAGAGCCUGGCUGCUCCAUUCCUGGGGCAGCUGAGAGCUGAGGGCUCAGGGUCCUCAUGCCAGGCCCAAGACCACCCUGAAGCCCUAUUCUGAUGUCCACAUUUUCUGCAGGCUUGGCCCCUCCUAGCAUGUUCUCUCCCAGAAGCCCCCUGUAUUUAUUCUCCCAACUUCAUCCCAGCAGCCUGUCAAGGAGGAGUAGGGAUGGGGCCUCUCCCCAAGUUGUCUGUGGGUCCCCCACUGGCUGAGUAGCAGCCCCCACUCUGCCAGGCUCUGCCCAUCCUCAGUAAACACUCUGUCCGACCUCCCCCAGAAGGACACACAGGAGGGGCAGCGUCCACCCCAGGACCAAACUGAGCCCAAUUCUGACACAAAGUGUUUGGAAAAGUCCUUGCCCUUGGAAACUUAAAAGUGUCCUCUCUUCCCAGCCCUGGGUGCAGGAAGGGCCCCUCCAGAUCACUACAAUCUCACCCCUUCUGUAAGAAAUUCAUGUAGUUUAGGUCCCAACUUACUAAUUACUUCCAACCGUCCCGGGCAGUCUCUUCCUUUCAGGGAAGGGAAGCCUGAUGCAGGCUGGCAGGGUGGGGGGUGAGCACCCACGCUCCCCUCUCUCUGACUGCUUGGCAGACCCAGGAUGUCCCUGGAGCUAGGGGGUGUGUCCAGGCUGCCCGCCAUGCCCUACCGGAGAGCCCAACCCACACCAAGUGGGAGCUUCUGCCUACCCUGGAGGCCUGGGGGUGACAAGAACCCCCAGAGGUUUUCCUGGGCUCAGUUAGGCACAAGCAGAUCCUGGAUGGCCUGCCAUUAUCCCCUGACCUGGAACAAUAAAGCAAAUGCCUUGUA